UCAAGGAAGUAUUGUGUGUUGCAGUGGGAAUGCCUAUGUCCGUCACCUGGGGAGGGGCGGCAGUCACACACAUGCUGAACACAAGGCAGACAACUUCCUUCAUCAGAAUAAAAAGAUGCGUUUCCUUGGGCGCCCUGGACCAACUAAAUCAGUGUGAGACGCUUUGAAGGGAUUUACUUGCUUUCUGAUUUUGUCGGAGCCAGUCACAAGAGGCAGGAUGCGGGACAUGCUGGAGAGGCUGCAGACCAUCAGUGAAGAGCAGGAGGACUACGAGCCAGAGUUUUAUGGAUCUGAGUAUGAUGUAAACAAGGUGACUCUGUCUCAAGAGGCAGUGGUGUUUGAGGACUCCUCAACUAUUGACAACAUCCUGAGUGAGGCCCACUCCAUACGCAAGGAGAUCUCCCUGCUCCACUUAGAGGUGGAGCGUCUGAGCAUAAACAAUGAACGCUUUGGCACCUCUGUGCGCCGUCUCACCCUGCUCAAAAAGGACUCCGACGCCAUCGCCAGGGGGAUCCAGCAACAUGGGGGGGCUGUGCAUGCCCGCCUCAAGGCCCUGGGUAAGGAGAGCAGCCAGCUAGAGGAGAAAGAUGGUCCCCACUCUGCCGUCAGUCGCAUCGCCCGAACUCAGUACGACACACUGACCCGUGGCUUCCACGAGGUCAUGAGUGACUACAACAAGGCCGAGGAGAUGCAGAGGACUGCGUGUCGGGGGAGGAUCCAGAGGCAGGCCUCCAUACUGGGCACUGAAAUCAACGACAACCAGCUGGAUGUGAUGGUGGAUAAAGGUGGCGAGGGAUGGGCCGAGCUGUCCCAGAGCCUGCAGAUCCCGGGUGCACGCACGUGCCGCAUGGCGCUGUGCGAGCUCAAAGGCAGACACAAGGAGCUGGUGGAGCUGGAGGUCAGGAUGAAGGAGGUGCAUGAACUGUUCCUGGACAUGGCCGUGCUGGUGGAGGACCAGGGAUACAAGCUUAAUAACAUUGAGGCUAACGUGUGCGGCACUCAGGAAUACAUUGACAAAAUCAACGUUCACAUCAAGAGGGCCCUGCAGUGCAAGAGGAAGAAUCCUUUUCAGCAAUGUUGUUCCUGUUGGAGACGAUGACCAAAACUUUUAGGGCUCAUUUUGACUUUGUGAAAUUUUAUGGGUGAUCGAAAAAUUAAAUAAAUAUUUGCCUGUGUAAAAGGUUAUGGACAUGCUGAAAAGAAAUGUUAUGCAAUGUGUUUAAUUCAUAGUUAAUGGAAGCUUUUACAAGCACCCUCAUGUAAGAGAAACAGUUUUGCCCUGAAGAGUAGCACACUGUCUAGAAUUGUUCAAGGUUUGGAGUUACAAGCUGUCUAAAAUAAGAUCUACAGUAAAAAUAACUUCUUGUUAUUUGUAUAAGAUAAUUAAUCCAAUUGUUGGUGGGUGUGCAUGAGAGACGUUUACAUUUUAAAAGGAUCAAUUUAAGUUGAAACAGUUCACUGUUCACACAAAAUAAAUGCUGUUGUUGUAAAUUAAAA